UUUUAGUUCAAAAUUUAAAUCAAGAAACAAAUAAAUCCACGUGCCUGCUAUCCGUACAAAGUUUGUUUAUUGUGGAUCGUAUAUUUAAGAUGCUUUGUAGAAAGCAAGCUAUUGUCAGCAUGAAGUGUAUUCUGUAGCCAAUUAGAAUAAUGCGUGUUUUUAAGAUCUAGGGGGAAGCUGGAAUACUGCGAGAAUACCCACGGAAGACCAGGGAGAAACACCACAGGUUUCUCAAAUAGUGGGUCCGGAACAGAUGAGGUGUCGCAAGCAGCCGAGAAGUUUUUUCUAUUAUUUGUGUCAACACUCGAGUAUUCAUGUUAGAAUGAUACACAAGCCUGCAGCUAGAUGGCAGAGGCACACGGUCCAAUCAACAGGUGUUCUACCUAGUAGGAGUAGUACCGGUAGGUACUCAGGACACGUGUGUACAUGUAACAUUAACUUUGGAUCCACCUUAACAACAAUAGGGAAUUAAUAAAGACUCGUGUCUGCUUUUAUACCAUCCUGAACACUUUGCAGCACCCAAUCUCUGUGAGAUGUAUGUUGUUGCAAUAAAAACAAAGUAUAGGUCACACUUAACACUGAACAAAAGUUAAAAGUAACUAUCAAGUUUGUAGCCCCUAUUUGAAAGGAAGUGCAUGAUCAAGUUCUCAAUAUUAAUUCAAUUCUGGGGGGAUUCAGGGCAGGAUUUUUUUUGUGAAAGACUGCACUAUUGCAAGCCUAUUUUAAUAUAAAUUUACUCAGUAUGUAUUAUUUCUAAGUUACAGGAAACUAACUGCUUUAUUUCAUUACGUGUGUUUACAGACUUUAUUUUCUAUUCACCCAAUAUUGCAAAUUAAAUGGUUUUGUUUUGUUAGCCAAAUGGGAGUGCGGCGUGAAAUCCUGACAGUCUAAAACCAGGGCCCAUGUCUCAUUGUCACGUGACUGGAAGGCAGGUGAAUGAUUAAACUUCCAACAGACUGAAACGACUUUUAUUUUACUUUACGCUUUCCUAACUGCCCUUCAACUUCCUUGUUGGCGUUAAAAGUAGACAUAACAUAUGUUUAACUUUAGAGGCCGGUAUCGUAUUUAGUAUGUUUUUAUAGCAUAACGUAAUUGUUUUUUGGAGCGGGCGAAUAUCGUGUUGAAGAUGGACCGACACAAAUACUUCAUGUUCAACCAGAAGAAUGUGCUCGUCCUCGGCGUGCUCCAAGUGGCUUGUGCCGCUCUCUGCCUCAUCUGCGGCUUCAUGGACGCCGUCUUCCGCAAAGAUACCCCGCUGAGCACCACCAGGACGCCGGUGUGGGGCGCAAUGGUGAGCGUGAUGGUGGCGGCAGCGGUGCUGUCUUGCGUGGGUACUGUGUUUGUUUUGGGCUACGCUUGUCUAACACUGACCUACGGAGAGGAAGAUAAAGAGGUCUUCCACCACCACGACAGUCUUGAAGUGACGUUCGUGCUGCAUAGGAUGGUGAAGGGCGCCAACGCCACCAUACUGCUGAGCUGCUUCGUCAGCCUGCUCAUUUCUUCUCUCAUCGCCUAUGUGGGUUGCUGUAGUCUCCCCCGCUGUGGAUGCUACGACGCUAGGACCGGACUUGAGACGCUGGUUCCACAGUGUGACCCAGGCGACACUGAGAUGGUGUGCACCUGGCAAGCCGGUGGUGAUGACAGGCUCUUCAACUCCCCUUUUCAGUCUCCUCCAGACUGUGGGAAAACACAGGAGGAUUUGGGAGCAUCCUCUAACCUGCCGCCGUACAGCAGACUGUCCUGAGACUGAUCUUGUGACUUGAUGACGUGAGAUUGUUUUUAACAAGUAAAUAUGUAACCACCGAGCUCUGAUAGGAAUGUUUACUUUUUAUUCUGGGGUUCUACCUAAAGCAGGGGUGACAAACUCAUUUUCGAUCAGGGGCCACAUGGAGAAAAAUCUACUCCCAAGUGGGCCGGACUGGUAAAAUCACGGCACGAUAACUUAAAAAUAAAGACAACUUCAGAUUGUUUUCUUUGUUAAAAAAUAGAACAAGCACAUUCUGAAAAUGUACAAAUCAUAAUCUUGUUUUGUUUAAACUAACAUGUUGCGGUUAAUAGUAUUCUACCUUUAUUUGUCGUUAUUUAUACUUUCUGAAUAAAUUAUGUGAUAAUGUUCAUCAGUCAACUCAUUGGUGUUAAUCUAUCAAGAUAAAAAAAAUACAACAAAAAUCAAAUUACAGUAUGUUAUUUAUGCAGUUUACUCAUUUUCCUUGACUGAUGUACUAACAUGUGUUUUUAUUUUUAUUUUUUACAUAUGUAGCAUGAUCUACAUAGAUACAAAUAAUUGCUAUUGCGACAUCUAGUGGACACAUUUAGAACAGCAGUUUCUUUCAUUCAAAAAUUUCGGCUCAUUUUUAUACUUAGCAAACUCCGGAUAAAAUCUGUACGCCGGCCUGAUCUGGUACGUUUGACACCCCUGACUUAAAGGCAUGUAUGGAUUGUUUAUUUUAUGGUACCUUGGAAUACGUCAAGUUUUUCGGGAUACAAGCUUUUGGCUAUUUGGUAUGCUUUAGGUUGCAAGCAAAAAUUGGGUUUAGCAUUCUCCCCACCAUUUGUUGUAGCAAAUGACACAGUAAACCCUCUAAAAUCUGACCAAAACAUACAGUCUUGCUCACAGUUUCUAGCUAGAAAUAGACAUAACUUUGUUUUUCUACGCAUGGGAAGAAAGAGAGUGGGUGUGAAGGACAGUGCUGAGAAAAGUAAGUGGGUGAUGAAUUAGUGAAAUAAAUCAUCAAAAAUUAUGAGGGGCUAACUAACUGGGUGAAGCAGUUGGAGCAAAGCACUGCAAGUCUGCACCAUACUGAUAGAGAAUGAGUCUAGUGCCAGCCAGAGUGUCCAAACAGCGGACAUUUAUCCAUGAAAAUAUGGAAAAGCUACUGAUGGUGUAUUUGAUGGAGAGAAGGGGUUAUCAAAAACUGUAAGGUAUGAUUAUCAAAAUUAUAUCGAAGGCUUGAUAUAUAAUGACACAUCACAUAUUAGUUUCCCAUUUAAAGUUGAAUUGACACGAAUGAGUUUUUGCACCAUACUCUAAUUUUUUGAGUUUCACCUGUAAUGUAGCGUUUAUCAAUUCAUUCAGUUGAUUUUUGACAGUUAAUGUCAUACUGUCAGCCGUGACUCUCUGACAAACACACAGUUGUCUAUUCCCCCUGUGACACCUCACGGCUUCACAGAAUCAAAAUAACAUCAGAUUUGCUUUAAUAAUACGCGGAAUAAAAUUUUAUCUACAGAUUAUUAUUCACACCCAGCUAGGAAGAAGAAGCUGUUGUAGCGUGCAAACACAAAUAAUUGUGUUGUCAUCACCAUGACAACACAAUGUGCCUGCAUUGAUACGAUCUUUUUAAAUUUAAAAAGUGUUCUCUUUUUUUUAAUGGAUUUCAAUGACAUUCACAAGUUAGUAAAGCUUCAGGUUCCGUCUUUUUUUCACAACCAAAUAAAAAGGUGUCAUGUAAUUAAUUAGCAAUGAGUACGUCUUCAUUCCAGACCUAAGGGGGACCUAUGAUUAUUUUUUAUUUUUUUACAUUUAAAACCAUUCCUUGUGGUGUAUGAAACAUGUUUAAUAUAAGCUUUGAGUUUUAAUUUUGCUCCACAGUCCCUUUUUAACCAGUUUUUUGAGUCUGUCAGCAAGCUGGCUGUUUGCAGAUUGCGAUUGAAACCAAGACCCACUCUUAAAAAGUAUCGAAUUUAUCUUUUAAAAAAUUUGCACUUUUUAAAUAUGUAUCUUAAAGUUGACACCACCAU